AUGCCGGUUUCUGAAACAGCGAGCGUCCCUCACGCGUCUUUGGAAACUAUCAACGCCGGAGACUCUGCUCAACCGACUGUUGUUUCCUCUGAUACGUCCGUAGCAAACGCUGAAACUUUGCAGUUAUCCUCCCAACUUUUGGACGUCAAAUUUGAUCAAAAGUUCGCCGCCUUUAAGCGAGAUCUCGAGGACAAAGAAGCUGCAACGCAAUCGCAGCUUCAGAAGCUGAAUACCGAAUCGAAAGCUUCAAAUUCCUUUUACUUUCAAGGGAAACAAAGUACAGUACGAACUUAACAUCUCUUUGCACGACUAAGUGGACGGUGCCAUUAAGAACAUCUCAAAAGGAAACCUUUCAGCAGUGA